AUGUCGGUGGUGACGGGCAGCAGCGAGGCGGCCGCCGGCGGGGCCGGUGGCGGUGGGGCGCGGGUUUUCUUCCAGAGCCCCCGCGGCGGUGCCAGCGGCAGCUCGGGCUCCUCCCGGGAGGACUCAGCGCCGGUGGCCACGGCGGCCAAUGCCGGGCAGGUUCAGCAGCAGCAGCAGCAACAGCAGCAGCGGCGCCACCAGCAAGGAAAAGUGACAGUGAAAUACGACAGAAAGGAGCUUCGGAAGCGGCUCGUGCUGGAGGAGUGGAUCGUGGAGCAGCUGGGUCAGCUGUACGGUUGCGAGGAAGAAGAAAUGCCAGACGUGGAAAUCGAUAUCGACGACCUUCUUGAUGCAGACAGUGAGGAAGAGAGAGCAUUAAAACUACAGGAAGCUCUUGUAGACUGCUACAAACCAACAGAGGAAUUUAUCAAAGAGCUGCUCUCCCGGAUAAGAGGCAUGAGGAAACUUAGCCCUCCACAGAAGAAGAGCAUAUGA